GCGCGAGUGCAGGUGCAACAGCUCGCGGAGCAGUCUUUACACACGGAGUGCUUCUAGUGUUCACCUCACUCGCUCGCUCGCGCUGUCUGUGUAGAGCAAACUCCAGCGCUCAGAGAAUCUGUUGGGAUAUUCACCGCCAAACACACGGACACUUGUCCAAUCUCAUGCCAUUGAAUUCUGUGGAGUCAAAGAUGAUUUCCAGCUUGGAUAUAGCGUCGGUCUUCCCGCGGUGAACAUCGCUUGUUUCGAGGAGAACACACAGUUUUAGGACACUUGAAAGAGCCUAGUGGUUUUGAUUUGUUUGUAGAUAACCGUUAUCUACUUCACGCGCAGUGUUAAUACGGACGAGCGCGCGCAGAGCGGACACUCUUCACAUGCUGAGCCAUGGAGACGCUAACUUCGGCAAAACUUCACACCUGCCUGUCAGUAUUCACAUUUCUGUGCUGUAUCUCAGGUGACCUGGCCCAACUUCAGCUGCCUCAGAAAAAUGUAGAAGUGAUCAAAGGGAAGACGGUAGUGCUGCAGGCUUCUUACACUGGUGUGGAGCCUGAGAAAAAUACAGUGGUCUGGAACUACAUGUCCAGCAGCACAGAAAUGAUUAUCUCAUACGUCGGUGGAGGUGUAAGUCAUAGCACUUCCCAGUUUGCAGGUAGAGUUGGUUUUAUGCGUAAUAUGCCCAACUCCAAUCUGUCCCUGUACAUUAACAACACCAAAGCAUCAGACUCAGGGAAGUACAUGUGCCAGGUCAUUAUCCCGGGCGUCCCAGGACUCACCGGAGAGCUCACCCUUAAUGUUAAAGUCCCUCCUUCAGUGCCAGUUUGUCAAGUUAAAGGAAGGCCUGUUCUUAAAGGGAACAUCACUCUGACUUGUAACUCUGAUGAUGGUAAACCUGCACCAGAAUAUAAGUGGACCAAGACCAGUCCCAAUUCAGAGGUCUUCUUCCCUCCCGCACAAAAUGAAACCGCAGGAACAUUAAAGCUGAACAAUCUGAGCAGUAAUAUGUCAGGGAAAUACAUGUGCACUGCAUCCAACUCUGCAGGAGUGGAGACGUGCUACAUCAACCUGGAGGUCAUCACAUCGACUAAUGCUGGGAUGAUCGCUGGUGUCACGGUUGGUUGUAUUGUGGCUCUCAUCCUCAUCAUUCUCUUCCUCGUCUUCAUGUGGACAAGACAGAAAGACACAGAGGAGGAUUUAGCCAAUGAAAUCAAAGAGGAUGCUCAGGCUCCCAAACGUGUCUCAUGGGCCAAGAGUGGCACUGGAUCUGACAUCAUCUCUAAAAACGGCACCCUGUCCUCCAUUCACACCAGCUCUUACCCACGAGACACCCAGAACCACCACCACUACCCUCACUCCGACACCGCGUCCAUCCUCACGGCCACGGGCAGCACAGCCGGCUACCGCUUGCAGCCUCCAGCAGAUGCCACCCUGGAGCGCACAUUGCCAGGCUACAACACCAACCCGAUCCUUCCCCGUGGACCCUCGGGACCCCCCAGCAUCAAUGGAGGCUCCCAGCACACCUCAGUGCCCCGGCCAGCCCCCGCCCAGCCUCAGAUUCCACGUCCGCCCGUGCUGCCCACCACCGUAACUGCUGCCAACAUUUCCCGCAUGGGAGGGGUACCCAUCAUGGUGCCAGCGCAAAACCAGGCUGGCUCUCUGGUGUAGGACCAAACAUUUCUUCUGGACUUCUGAAGAGGACAUCAUGUCUGCGAUCCCACAAACUGAAGCACAUUGGAAAGGAUGAAUUGGAACCGAUAAGCUUAUUGCCUCUGUAUGGAAACUGUAUGAUGCAAUUUUUUUUUUUUUUUUU